GCAUAUUCGUAUGAACAAAUCAAAUGUGCGUACUCAUGUGCGAGUGGUUACAGUCGCUGAGAACUAUUCGCACGACGUGUUGUCUCUUUCAUGCGAACACGAUUUUAUUUGAUUAAACAAAAUAUUUUGUUUGGAAUUCAUUCGUUCGUGCGAAGUCGAAAGCGGAAGAAGUCAAAUUGAGAGAAAAUGGAUUGUGAUUUCCUAAUUUCUUUAGUUGAGGAACAACCGCCUCUUUGGAAUCAAAAACAUAAAUUGUACAACAACCGAAAUGUUGUCAAAAAAAUUUGGGCCGACAUUGCAAGAAAUAUGAAUGAGACAGAUGAUAAAGUACGCCAAAAAUGGAGGGGGUUAAGAGAUACAUAUCGGAAAGAAUUAUCGAAAUGUGCUCAAAAACGCAGCGGAGGAGCAACCCGCCAGCAUUCUUCUAAAUGGCGAUACUUCAGUAGGUUGUCCUUUUUGCGGGAACAGUUUGAAUCUCGUCCAUCGACAAGGAAUAUUUUAGCUCUACAAAGCGACACUAAUGAAUCAGAGGUCGAAUUUAUUUCGUUAGACACCACUGAAAAAAUUGUUGAGGAUAUGUCAGAUGGUAACAGUGGAAGUGAAUACAAUAGCACUCCUAAUCCACGAAAAAUAAAAACACCUAUUCAAGAUGAAGCAAUCCAUGAAGCUCACAUGAUGCGUAAAAAACAAAAAAUGAAAUAUUUAAAAAAUAAAAGUGAACAACAAAACAACGACGACUAUCACUUUGCCAUGAGCAUUGUGCCGUUCUUGAGGAAUGUUCCAACACAUAAAAAACUGGGUCUUCGGAGUCGUAUUCAACAGCUAAUUGAAGAAGAACUUUGCGUGCCAGAAGCGCAUCUAAUACAUGCUCCUGUAUAUAAUUAAUAACUACCUCAAAUGGAACAUCAUCAACAUCAAAAGUACUAAUAAUUAUAAUAAUAAUAAUUU